AUGGUUUUGUACGUGGGCACUCGUGUCUCCGAGUUUUUUGAAGACGUGACCAAAAAGGUUGACGAAGGCAGAGCUGGAAGGGAUGUUGGUUUCCCGGAUGGUCUGGGCUGUGUCCACAACUUCCUUCUGUACCGAGGGAGUCUGUACCCAGGGAGUCUGCACCCGGAGAGUCUGUUCCCGGGGAGUUUGACCGCCUCCAGGUGUAACCAGAGUCUGGCCACGCCGCAGUAUUCCAGCGCCUUCACCGCCUCCUCGUACUAUUCCGCUUUCUACUGGCCUGGAUAUGGCCGUCUACACGGUGAGAGCCCGCAUGGGAGAGGGGGUUUCAAGGGGGAAUAUGGGGGGGGUUCAAGGGGGAAUAAAUGGGGGGGGGGGGGGGAGGGGGUGUUGUCUCCCCAGAAGUCCGACCGCCUCCCCUGGCUGCAGGUUGACCUGUGGCAGAGGUCGAUGGUGACGGCGGUGGCGACUCAGGGCACCUAUAACUCCCGCGACUUGACCCGCUACCUCCUCCUCUACAGUGACAACGGCCACAGCUGGCAGCCCUUCUACCAACUGGGCCACAACUGGACUUUCUCCGGGAACCGGAACGCCGACUACGAUGUCCGGCACGACUUGUGGCGCCCGGUGUUGGCGCGAUUCGUCCGCUUCGUGGCCAUCAGUUGGCGGCCGCGGCGCUACGUCGGCCUCAGGGUGGAGGUGUACGGCUGCCCCUACGAUUCUGACAUGGUCUCCUUCGACGGCAACAGUUCUCUGAGCUACCGGUUCCAAGAGUGGAAUACGCGAACACUAUUUGACUCUAUCUCGUUCAACUUUAAGACGUGGGCUGCGGAGGGACUGCUGAUGCACAGCGAGGGCGAGCAAGGGGACCACAUCACCGUGGAGUUGGUGCAAGCACGGCUGCUCUUUCAUGUUAACCUAGGCAGCAGUGUGGUGCACACGGUGAGAGGCGACACCACGGUCACCAUGGGCAACCUGCUGGAUGACCAACACUGGCACAUGGUCCACAUCGAGCGCUACGGACAGCACGUGAACCUGACGCUGGACGGACACACCGAGCGCUUCCACACCAACGGCGACUUUGAUUACCUGGACCUGCAUUCAGCGAUCUAUUUCGGCGGUCACCCUGAGCUCACCCCAACGAGAGGAGCUGUGAUUGACAAGCCCAACUUCCAAGGAUGUCUGGAGAACAUAUUGUACAAUAACAUCAGCGUCAUUGACGUGGCCAGAAAGAGACAUUCGCGGACGCAGAUCUUGGGCGAUGUGCGCUUUCCACUGCCCGCGCGGGCUCUUGGUCCAGGGCCGCCCGCCUCCCCCGUCACCUUCGUGUCGGCCGCCAGCUUCCUGCAGCUCCCGGGGCAGCCGCUGCUUCACCAACUCGCCGUCAACUUCAGUUUCCGCUCGAUGGCGCCCCGCGGCCUCCUGCUCUUCACCAACUUCUCCCGCGGUCUCGGGUCCCUGCAGUUGGCGCUGAGCGGCGGCCAGAUUAACACCACGGUACAGCAGAGCGGUGGCCGGAGGCUGGAGUUCGCCGCAGGCUUCAACCUGACUGACGGCCAUUGGCACUCGGUGAACCUGUUGGCUCGGAUGGACUCUGUGGUCAUAAUCAUUGACGGACAAGAGGACUCGGCGGUGAAGGUCAACCAGGCCCUGCGGGUCGAGACCGGAGACAACUACUUCUUUGGAGCGUGUCCAGCCAGCGUGAAGAACUUGGGCUGUUUCUCCAACGCCAGCGAGUUCCAUGGCUGCAUGAGGCUCAUCCACAUCGACAAUUACCCUGUUGACCUGGAGCUCGUCAAAAGACGCCAACUGGGCCGAUAUUCCGAGAUGCUGUUCAACACGUGUGGAGUCACAGACCGGUGUACACCGAACCUGUGUGAACACGGGGGCGUGUGUCUGCAAACCGCCGAUAACUUUCUGUGCGACUGCGAGCGGACCGGGUACAAAGGAGUGACCUGUCACAAUUCUCUCUACCCAGAGUCGUGCGACGGCUACAGGAGACUGGGGGUCAGGACCUCGGGAAACUACACCAUCGACCCGGACGGCAGCGGCCCCGCCAGACCAUUCACGGUGCAUUGCAGCAUCUCCGAGCCCAGAGCUUGGACAGUGGUUUACCAUCUGCAGCAACAAGACACCAAGGUGACGGGAUCGACCCUGGAGCGCCCCUACGUGGGGAACAUCCAGUAUUACAACAACACGGGCGAGGAGAUCUCUGCCAUCACACUAUCAGCCGAGUAUUGUGAACAGAUCAUUGCUUUCUCCUGCUACCGAUCCCGGCUGCUCAACAGUCCGUGUGAGUACGCGGCGUGAGUGGGGACACACUGC